CACCCGCGACGGGCGAUGGCGCGGCUGCAGCUGCUGCAGCUGUUGCUGCUGUUGCUGCUGCAGGUCGGGGCGGGCGCGUCCCCCGGGGACCCCAAAGCCCCGCCGCUCUUCAACGUGAGCUUGGACGAGGCCCCCGAGCUGCGCUGGCUGCCCGUGCUGCGGCACUACGACCUGGACUUCUUGCGCUCCGUGUUAAUGCGGAUCCUGCGGGAGAACAUCCCCAAGUGGGUCCACCCGGUGAUUCGAAAGGGCGUCGGAGAGCUGGAGCGCUUCCUGCCGCCGCUGCUCAUCCAGGAGACUCGCGGCAUGUGCGACUUCAUGAACCUCAGCCUGGCCGACUGUCUCCUGGUCAACCUGGCCUACGAGUCCUCGGCAUUCUGUACCAGUAUUGUGGCUCAAGACUCCAGAGGCCAUAUUUACCAUGGCAGGAAUUUGGAUUAUCCUUACGGAGAUUUCUUACGCAAGUUAACCUUGGAUGUGCAAUUUAUAAAGAAUGGGAAGAUUGCAUUCACAGGAACCACUUUUAUUGGCUAUGUAGGAUUAUGGACUGGUCAGAGUCCACACAAGUUUACAAUUUCUGGCGACGAACGAGAUAAAGGCUGGUGGUGGGAAAAUGUGAUUGCUGCCCUUUUUCAGAGACACAGCCCAGUUAGUUGGCUUAUUCGCACUACUCUGAGUGAAUCAGAAAACUUUGAAGAAGCUGUUUACAAGUUGGCCAAGACUCCGCUGAUUGCUGAUGUUUACUACAUCGUGGGUGGCACGUCCCCUCUCGAAGGAUCGGUUAUCACUCGGAAUAGAGGAGGUCCAGCAGACAUUUGGCCUCUAGAUCCUUUAAAAGGAGCGUGGUUUCGAGUUGAGACGAAUUAUGACCACUGGAAGCCCACACCCAAGAAAGAUGACCGAAGAACACCUGCCAGCAAAGCUCUUAAUGCCACUGGACAAGCAAACCUCAGUAUGGAGGCUCUUUUUCAGGUUUUAUCUGUGGUUCCAGUUUAUAACAACCUCACAGUUUAUACAACAGUCAUGAGCGCUGCCAACCCAGAGAAGUACAUGACUAGGAUCAGAAAUCUGGGUUAAAUGUGAUUCAAAGGAAGAGUGAAAUCACCCAUGUUUUGAAAGAUUGCUACAAUAUAAGGUAGCUUGCAUGAAGGAAUUUGAGAGUUGGAAACAGGAAGAACACUCUGGCCUCUCUCCUCCUUCUUCCCUGAAAGAGAUCAUAAAGCCCUCAUGUGAGAAGUGUAACUCCUUUACCACCACAAAGGAACAUCUG